CUGAUCUGGUAUUGCAGGACUAUUGGACCCUCAGGUUUUGGUUCCUAGGUCGAGCUGAUGGAGUCACUAAAAAGAGGGCCUUCACUGAUUACUUUCAGGAAUUGAUGAACCAAGAAGACUUUCCAAAAAAUUACAUUGGUUUCGUUAAGAGAGCUUUGGUUCUGCUGAAGAAGUAUUCACUUAUCAAAAGAGUCGAACUUUUGGUGGAAAAACCUGAGGAUCCUGAUGACACUAGCACACCAAUUAAAAGUUUUAUAACAGUUAUCACUCCCGACUCAUACAACUAUCAACUUGUUCCUGAAGUUCCUGUUAACAACAAAUCCUUCCUGACAUUCCAACUGAAAGCGGCCGGCGAUGCACACAUUGCGCUCUCGGCCAUGUACAGUGAGCUGCAAAGCAAAACCCAUGAAAUCGUCAUCGGUGAGAACAACAAACGUUCACUGAUUAGAGAGGGAUCAUUGGGUUCAAUCCGGGCUGAAUCAAUGACGAUGAACAUCUUGAGCAGCAAAGAGUUUCGAUACUUCUGGGUGAGCUGGUUGAACCAUCACAUUGAGGUGGGUCGAGGCAAGAAACACGGCCAAGGAAGAUUCCUUCAUUGGCAUGUCCCACCAAAUAAGCAGUUCAAUAUAAACUGUCUUGCCGUCUCUACUGGAAAAGCUUCAAAGGGAAGAUGGGAGUUUGUGGAACUGCUUGAUGCUUACGUUGAUCCAAGUGGUAAGUUGUAAUUCCGUUUAUUUUCACCAUGUGUGUAUCAACUUAGUUUGCAUGAAUCGCUUUCAAUUUUGUGUCACUCAUUAUUAUUAUUAUUAUUAUU